AUGCGUUCGUUCACCUCUAUCCUCAUUCCUCUCGCGGGAACAUUUCUCUCUAGCGUCAAAGCGGCCCCUACUGGCGAUCCGACUGAAAUUUUGGAUCCCACCGGCUUAAAGUAUGCUUCACUUCAUAAGAGAGCUACUUGGACCCCGGCUCAAGGUGGCUGCUGGAGCGACAAUGUCGAUCAUGUGCGAGCCCUCGAACAUAACGGGGGAAAUGCCAAUGAUAUGACCCCGGAGAAGUGUCAGUCCCUAUGUGAAUCUGCAGG